AUGGCGAUGGCUAUGGCGGUUGUUUCUUUCCCGUCUUUACUCCAGAAAUCAGCUUUAUCCUCCUCACUCUUCACUCCGACCUUCCUCCCUGCGAAAUCCUCUUCCUCCAUUCUCACAAAAUCUUCUCCCAAUCCCAAACGACAUUUCGUGGUUUCGGCGUCAAUGGAAGCUGGAAUCGGCGUGAUGGGGUCAAAGCUCGGGAUGAUGACAUUCUUCGAAGAAGACGGAACGGUGGUGCCAGUCACCGUCGUCGGAUUCCGCGAAGGCAACAUCGUCACCCAAAUCAAAACCCUAGCCACCGACGGAUACGACGCCGUUCAAAUCGGAUACCGCCGCGUCCGCGACAAGAAGCUCACUAAACCGGAAACCGGCCAUCUCCAAAAGGCCGGCGUAAUCCCGAUGCGGCAUCUCCAGGAAUUCCGGUUAACGAACGUCGAAGGAUUCGAGACCAAUCAGAAGCUCGUAUUCGACGAGAUUUUCAAAGAGGGAGACCUCGUCGACGUCGCGGGGACGACAAUCGGGAAAGGUUUCCAAGGAGGAAUCAAAAGGCAUCACUUCAGGAGAGGUCAGAUGACUCACGGUUCCAAGAGUCACCGUGCUUUGGGGUCGAUCGGUGCCGGAACUACGCCGGGAAGAGUUUACAAAGGGAAGAAAAUGCCUGGAAGAAUGGGAGGAACGAGGACGAAGAUUAGGAAGCUUAAGAUUGUGAAAGUUGAUAAAGAUCUCAACGUUGUGAUGAUCAAAGGAGCUUUGCCUGGUAAGCCUGGGAACCUCCUCCGUAUAACUCCGGCUAAAAUCGUCGGAGUUAAUAUUCCGAAGAACUAG